AAAAAGAAUUAAUAAAUAGUAGUAAAUGUACCUGUAUUACUGGUAUGUUUCCAAUAUCUUGUAUGACACUAAAGCCCUUGAGUAGCGCAUAGACUGGAGUUGAUUUUACCAAAUUUAAUUGCAUUGGAAUUGCAAACCCUUUGUUAAGGUUGUUAAGGUUGUUAAAGAAGCAGUCCUUAAAGAUACAAAGUAUUAAUAUUUUUUGGGGGGAGGAGUACAUGUAAGUUAAAAAAUGGUCAUAGAUAAAACCAACCUUACUGUACAAGUGAAAAAUGUAAAGAAGGUCAUAAAGGAAAUACCAUGAGCAAAUCAAUCUCAAGUUAGGUACAAUGUAAAAUGUGCAAUAAAAUUUUAAAAACCAUGAGAGCUUACCAAAAUUUAUGGGAGUGAAGUCCUGUUGAUCCUGUUGCAUUUGAUUUUGAAAUGUUUAAACCCACUGUACUUGGUUAAGUGCCAUCCUGUUCUUUAACCUGGUAACUUUGGCUUUUAGUAAUUUACUUUCUGCCUUCUUUCUUUCUUGAAUACCCGUGUUAUGCAGGGUAUAAACUAUGUGACAAUGCGGGAGGUGUCUGCUUAAGGCAUGUCUUAGUUCCUGGCAUCAGUGGCCAUGAAUGCAGACACUUAAAACCACCAAUUGGAAGGAAAAGGUUUUGUGCAUGUCAUUUAAGACCUACAAUAUGGAGAACGUUCAAAGAGCUCUGUCUGAGCAAGCAUCUGUCCAGCUUCAUUUAACAAAAGCAUUCAGUGGUUCUAAAAAAAUUCAAGGCACUGUGCCUCAGCUGUCAGGUCGUGCUGCCCUGGAGGCCCCAAAAAUGAAGAAAGUUGCCUAGCAACGCUUUCUACGGUCAGAGAAUUUGUGGUGAUGGCGAAGGGAGAGCAACCAUUGAGUGUGAACUCGUAUGGAGUCCUAUUUUUGAGUCCUCGGACAGCGGCAUCCUCACUGUAAGAAUCUACGUCAGAAAGGUUCAUUUAUAACAUUCUAAAGUAACAGUACAAUGUGUCAGCAUUUUCAGCAUUCACUGUACAUUUAUUUGUUCUGUUUCUUACCAUUCAGUUACACAUUUUAUGUAUUUUCCGCUGUUAUUCCAAGUAAUUAGUUGCAGUUGUUUUCAUCUCACACCUGCUGCACCCGCUAUUGUGCAUUCCGUUUUGCAUGGAUGUCCUGAUUGGCCAGUUAUUAGUAUGUAUACUCUCCGCUGUCUCUUGAGUACCAUUCACGCUCGCAGUUCCAUACAGUUUAUUCAUCUUUCUGGUUUGUGUUUUCCUAUUCGUGUGAUGCCCAACGACCAAAAAGAGAGCGAAGGAUCAUCCGUUCCGGCUGAAGUAGGCCAAACAUUUUCAGGUGAUAGUGGAGGCAACUCAGCAGCCGUUGAUCAAGUCUUUUCCAUGUUUAAGGAUUUUCUUGAGAAAAAAUUAGAAGAUAAAGGAAAGCAAAUCGAACAAAGGAGUAAGAUAGAUAAAGAAGUUGUACAGCUAAAGUUCAAAGGUAACCAGAAACAAUUUGAGCUUAAUGCCGAAUUAGAUGCCAUUUUUGGAAGCAUUGAAACCGAAAGUGAAAGCAUCGAGCCAAAUUCGUCGCAGAUCAAGAAACUUUCCCAACAAGGCAGGCAACGUAUUCGAAAGCGACAGAAGCUGAUAAAAAUCGCUGAUAAAAGUAGGGACGGCUGGCAGGUUGUAGUCGAGUACGAGUCGGACGAGCUUGCAUCCGGCUCCGAAGAUGAAAAGCGUCUUAAGAAGGCAAGAGAAGCGGCGAGCCGCAAGAGGCGUCAAAAGGAACAACUCUCCAGUGAUCGUGGAAAGAAACCAAGAAUUGCUUUGGGCGCUGAUAAUCAGCUUUUUCGUGGUAAGAAAAAGAGCCCCCUCUUUACUUUGUAUAUUCAUAUGUGUUUUGGAUCCGCUUGCAUGAAUCAGUCACUUCAGUUCCAACUGAAGAACCUGGUAAUGUAUAAGGUCCACAAAGUUGUAGCGAAGAUUCCAAAAGGCUAA